AUGCUUGCGGGUCCUUCUCCAUCGUUCAAUGCCGGUCCACCAACGCAGCCGAUGCAACAACAAACACAUCCACCAUCUCAGAUGUAUCCGAAUCAGUUUCAACAACCUACUCUGCCACCUAACUUUCAAGGAAACCAACAUCAACCGCCUGCUCUACCACCUAAUUUUCAAGGAAAUCAACAGGCACCACCUGUUGGACCGCCAACAUAUCCUAAUAUGCAGCAACAACAAUACCAACAACAGCCAACACUACCGCCACCAUCGGCAGUAGGAAACCAACCACAGUUUCCACCACAGUCUCAUUAUCCUCCUGAUAAUCAACAGUUACCACCAACACACUUUCCAUCACAACCCCCUGCGCCAGGAAAUCAACCACAAUAUCCACCUCAACCGCCAAUGAUGUCUAAUGGAAUAAAUCAACAUUCCAUGCCACAGACUUAUCCUAAUCAAGGACCACCCUUACCACCACCGUCAUCAGUAGCAGCAACAUCUAAUUCACUCAGACCGGCACCUAUUACGCCGAAUCAAUUCGGCCCACCACCAACAAUGGGUGUACCCCAAUUUCCUUCUCAGCCUUCGUUUCCUAAUCAACCACCUUCAAAUUUGGCCGGUAUGCCCCAAUAUCCUGGCACUCAACCUCCUUUCAGUGGUCCACCACCCACUUUUCCAUCGGCUAACCAACCACCACCACCAACAGGUUAUCCUCAGCAACAACUACCGCCUCAAUACGGUAGCCAAUCACAUCUGUCUGGUCCAUCAACAAUACCUGGUAGUCAAUUGAAUGGACCAGGAACAUAUCCUGGUCAAAUGCCUCCUGCUGCACCUAUACAACAACAACAACCGUACCAACCACAACGUAUUGAUCCCGAUAUGGUACCGAAUGUCGUUCAAGUUUUAGAACAAAGUCAAGAGAAAAUUCAACAACCGUUCAUUACUAACGCUCCAGGUUUAUUACCACCAUUGGUAGCAACAGAUUUUGUUUGUCAAGAUCAAGGUAGCUGCAAUCCACGUUUUAUUCGUUCAACAACAUACACUAUACCAAAUGCUCACGAUAUGAUUAAACAAUCCCAUAUACCUAUUGCUCUUGCCAUUAGUCCGUUAGCAACUUUAAGACCAGAUGAACUUGGACCACCAGUAACUAAUUUUGGUGAAAUAGGUCCUGUACGAUGUCAUCGUUGUAAAGCAUAUAUGUGUUCAUUCAUGCAAUUUAUCGAUGGCGGAAAACGAUUUCUCUGUUGUUUUUGCGAAGCAGCAACAGAUGUACCAACUGAAUAUUUUAAUCAUCUUGAUCAUAGUGGACGUCGUAUGGAUUGGUAUCAACGACCAGAAUUAUGCCUUGGUACCUAUGAAAUCGUCGCAACAAAGCAGUAUUGUAAAGAUGAGAAAUGGCCUGAACCACCAGCAUUUAUAUUCAUGAUUGAUGUAUCUUACAACAGUGUUCGUAGUGGUCUUGUGGAAUAUAUUUGCCAUAUACUAAAAACAGACCUCCUUGAGUAUUUACCAAAAGAUCAAGGUGCUGAAACAUCUAAUGUUCGUGUUGGUUUUGCUACAUUCGAUAAACAAAUUCAUUUUUACAAUAUUAAAAAUACACUUGGUCAACCACAAAUGAUGAUCGUCUCAGAUCUCGAAGAUAUCUUCGUGCCAUUACUCGAUGGUUUUCUAUGUUUACCACAAGAUUCACGAGGAGUGAUCAAUAGUCUGCUCGAACAAAUUCCACAAACAUUUGCCAAUACACAAGAAACAGAAACAAUUCUUGCACCUGUUAUACAAGCUGGUAUUCAAGCUUUGAAGGGAGCAAAUUGUACGGGUAAAAUAUAUGUUUUUUCGACAACAUUACCAAUUGCGGUUGCACCUGGAAAAUUGUCGAAUCGAGAUGAUAAAAAACUUCUUGGAACUGACAAAGAAAAAACAUUACUUGCACCGAUAAAUAAUGUUUAUACUAAACUUGGCGAAGAAUGUGCACAGAAUGGUUGUGCAGUAGAUUUAUUUGUUUUUCCGAAUAAUUACCUUGAUUUGGCAACAAUCGGUGAAGUUUGUCGUGUAUCAGGUGGACAGAUUUACAAAUUUAAUUACUUUUCUAUUGAAAAUGAUGGUGAACGAUUACAUGAUGAACUUAAACGUAAUUUUCAACGAACAACUGUUUUCGAUGCGUUAAUGCGUGUGCGAACAAGCGCAGGAAUUCGACCAAUUGAUUUUCUCGGUAAUUUCUACAUGACCAAUGCAACAGAGAUGAUUUUUGGCACAAUGGAUUCGGAUAAAUCAGUUUCAGUAGAAUUGAAACAUGAUGAUAAACUUCCAGUUGAAAGCAACACUUAUAUUCAAGCUGCUCUACUCUAUACCAGUAUAUCCGGACAACGUCGUUUACGUAUUUUAACAUUAGCAUUAACAGUUACAUCGGCAUACACAUCACUUUAUCCAGCUUGUGAUCUUGACACAAUUAUGAACUAUAUAACGAAAGUUGCUAUACGUUCAGUGACAAUGUCUACUCCUAAGAGUAUUCGUGAUAACAUCAUUACACAAGCUGCUAAUAUGUUAGCAUGUUACCGAAAGAAUUGUGCACAAGCGACAACCGCUGGACAGUUAAUUUUGCCAGAAACAUUGAAAUUAUUACCAGUUUAUGUCACUGCAUUGAUCAAAUGCGAUGCACUAACUGGAACUCAAACAGUAACAACUGAUGAUCGAAGCUUAUUAAUGCAACGCAUCAUGUCAAUGGAUAUCAAAGGAACAUUUGCUUAUCUUUAUCCAAGAAUAUACGCCUUGCAUGACUUGGACGAAAAUAAUCUUCCACCACCAAUGAUUCGAUGUUUAUACGAACGUUUGUCCGAAUCCGGAGCCUACGUUAUCGAAAAUGGUCUAGUUAUGUAUAUCUGGCUCGGCAGUCAAGUCAAUCCAACUUUUGUGCAAUCAGUAUUCGGUGUUCAGACAGGUCACAUUCAACCAGAAAAAUGCCGUAUUGUCGAUCUUGACAAUCCAAUAUCUCGAAAUGUUCGAACAUUGUUGAAUAUGAUUCGUAAUGAACGAAAUGCCCACAUGAAAUUAUUUGUUAUUCAACAACGUGACUCAAUUGAACCGUUCUUUAAGAAUUAUCUUGUUGAAGACAAAGGUUUUACAGGUGGUGCGUCAUAUGUUGAUUUUCUUUACCAUUUACAUCGUGAAAUUCGAAAUAUUCUUCAAUAA